AACAGAAGAAGAAGAAGAAGGAAGCCGGAAGUUUUGUAACUCGGUGUAUCGGAGCAGCUAGCAGGCUAACAGGCUAGCUAACAGCUCAGUGUCAGUGUCCAGCCGCCGACAGGCUGCAUGCUCGGCUCCACACGGCCGGCUUCUGCUGCCCUGCUCCGGCUCAUGUUCCUCUGAGCGGCCGGCCUCCGAGCGGGAGAAGCUCCUGAAGCUCCUGGCAGCUCCUGAAGCUCCGGGACGGGACGGCGGAGCCUCGCAGUCGCCAUGGCUACGGAAGAGCUCUACGAGGUGGAGAGGAUCGUCGACAAGCGGAGGAACAAGAAGGGGAAGACGGAGUACUUGGUGCGGUGGCGAGGUUACGGGGCAGAGGGAGACACCUGGGAGCCGGAGAGCCACCUGUCCAGCUGCAUGGUCUACAUCCACGAGUUCAACCGCCAGCACGCCGAGAGGCACAGAGACAGCACUUUACUGCGCUCCACUCGCAGCUCCCCCAAUCCAAGCCCCGCCCACAGAGCCCCGCCCAGGCCGCAGCCUCCCGCCGGGAACCUUGGCAGCGGUUUGAUGGGAGACGGCGCUCAGCCCAAAGUCGCCCCGCAUUCGUCCGACCCGCCCACCGUCAGACACACUCAUGGCGCGGCUGACUCCCAGCAACUCCUGCUGGCCAACAGGUUCGGUCCCGGCGCUGCGGUGGCGACUAACAGCGGCCUAAUGGCGGCGUCUCCGGCCGCCACGGCCCGGCGCAGUGUGGAUCUGGCCAAGACCGGCAUCAAAAUCCUGGUUCCCAAAAGUCCCAUGAACAGCCGUGUAGACUCAGAGGAGUCGCCCAGCGAAGCGGCCCACAGCCUGGAGCCUGGGGCCCAGGAGGCCCACCUGGUCCCUCCUGAGGUGGCCCUGCUGGAGAAACCUGCCGGCGUCCUGCUGGGCCCCGGAGAAGAGAGGGCCCGCAUGGGCACCCGGCCCCGCAGCCAGACCCAGAACCCCCUGCGCCCCCCGCAGGUCCCCAUCACACCCGCCGCCAUGCGCUCCCUCAACGGUGGCUCGACACUGAUGGAGGCCGUUGCUGCCAACGGGACAUCUGACGUGCAGAGUGCCAUCGUGGGGACAACCAGCACGUCGGCAGGGAAACGGCGUCUGGAGGAACGGACGGCCUUCGACAAACGCCUGCGAUUCAGUGUCCGGCAGACAGAGAGCGCCUACCGCUACCGGGACAUUGUGGUGAAGAAGCAGGACGGGUUCACUCACAUCCUGCUGUCCACCAAGACCUCCGAGAACAACAGCCUGAACCCCGAGGUGAUGAAGGAGAUCCAGAGCGCCAUGGCAACAGCAGCAUCAGAUGACAGUAAGCUAGUGUUGCUAAGCGCUGUCGGCAGCAUCUUCUGCUACGGCCUCGACUUCCUGUACUUCAUCAGACGCCUUACAGACGACAGGAAGAAGGAGAGCAUCAAGAUGGCUGAAACCAUCAGGACCUUCGUCAACACCUUCGUGCAGUUUAAGAAGCCCAUCGUGGCGGCGGUCAACGGGCCGGCGGUGGGUCUGGGCGCCGCCAUACUGCCGCUGUGUGACGUGGUGUGGGCCAAUGAGAAGGCCUGGUUCCAGACGCCGUACACCGUGUACGGCCAGACGCCCGACGCCUGCUCCUCUUUCACCUUCCCUCGCAUCAUGGGCCUGGCCUCGGCAAACGAGAUGCUGCUGAGCGGCAGGAAGUUGACGGCGCAGGAGGCGUGUUCUAAAGGCCUGGUGUCUCAGGUUCUGUGGCCCGGAACCUUCACACAGGAAGUGAUGCUGCGCGUCCGGGAGCUCGUGUCCGUCAACUCGCUGGUUCUGCGUGAGUCCAAGGCUCUGAUGCGGAACGCGAGCCGCGGCGCCCUGGAACAGGCCAACGAGCGCGAGUGCGAGGCGCUGAAGAGAGUGUGGGGCUCGUCGCAGGGAACCGACGCCAUCCUGCAGUACCUGCAGAGGAGGAUGGACCAGUUCUAGACCAGUUCCACGGCCCUGCUGGGUUCCCUCUGGACGAAGAGAUUUAAAUUAUGAUUUCAGAAACGUUUUCCUCAGUUUGACCUUUUCCAGAUGAUUUUCUACACGCAGAGAAGCAGGAAAUGAACUGAAAUGACCUUUGACCUUCCUGUUGGUGCCUGCUUGAGGUUCUGCUGAGUCAUCAUAUCUGUAUCAUAGCUCUGACAUGAACAGUAUUUUCCUAUUUGUAGCUGAAGACGUGUACAAGCUGUAAAGUUUUCUAAUUUAGAGAAUAAACUGCUGAGGCAGGAGA